AUGGAGGCGGUGGCGAAACCUUCAUCCACCCGCUCGCAGCAGGUGGCACCGGUCCCGACCCAGCAGCAGAUAGCGAUCGAAAUCAUCAGUGAAUCUCCGAUCGCCCAGCACCAUCAGCAACACCAGCAGCAACCACACCAGCAUCAGCAACACCAACACCAGGAGCUGCAGGCACACGCGCUGCUGCAGCAAUGCCAGCAACAACAGCAACAGCAGCAGCAAUCAGGAGUUUCGCAACCAAACGUGGACAUCGUACUGCGGGAGUCCACUCGCGGGAACUUAGUCAGCCGGAAAAAACCUUCGACCGCCGACGGCAACAAGGGAUCGGGCCACAAGAGCUCCAAGGAUAACCAGAAGGGCGAAGGCAAAUCGGUGUACCGGAAGUUUUUCAAGCGCAUCAAAACCAUCCUGGACGGGGCAGACCCGGCGGCGAGUAGCAAACCGGAAGCCGAGGAUCUGCCCGUGCCGGCCCGCUACUACCCGGACUCGCUCGUCGAACUGACACGGACGGCCCGCUUCACCGAGGAGGAAAUCAAACGAAUAUACCGCGGCUUUAAGGCCGAAUGUCCGACCGGCAUCGUGAAGGAGGAAACGUUCAAGGGCAUCUACUCGCAGUUCUUCCCGCUCGGUGCUAGCAGCGGCCAGUACGCACACUACGUCUUCAAUUCCAUCGAUCUGGACCGGAAUGGCUCAUUAAGCUUCGAGGAAUUCGUCGCCAACCUGUCGAUCCUGCUGCGGGGCACCGUCGACGAGAAGCUCCAGUGGACCUUCUCGCUGUACGACAUCAACGGGGACGGUUGCAUCACGAAGGAGGAGAUGAAGGAAAUCGUGACCGCGAUCUACGAGCUGAUGGGCAAGGUGCCGGAGGGCUGCGAGGAGGAGCAAGCCAUCAAGGAUAAGGUCGAGCGGCUGUUCGAGAAAAUGGAUCGCAACUGCGAUGGUAAAAUUACGCUCGACGAGUUCAUCGAAUGCUGCACGAAGGACGAAAGCAUCCGCAGAUCGAUAGCCGUGUUCGACACCAUCUUCUAAGCUGGCGUCCUUUUUCCGACACCGUCCCUUCAUACCU